CCUCGCUCCGGGCUGGAUGGCGAGUUGAGAGAUGAAGGGAGGCAGUUCAGAACUGCUCCUCGACCCUCAGGCAGAGCUUCGGAAGCAGAAGCUGCUCAAUUUGACAGCGGCGAAGAAGCCGAAGCAGGUCCAGCAGCGGACUUGCAGACAGAAGCUGUGGUUCUACGCCACAUCUUUUUUCACCAUGUCGGCCGUCUCUGCUGGUUCUUCCCUUCUCUUCCUCGUUCCGCUCUACGUCGACCCGGCCAUCUCCACCCUGGUAGCCGACUUCACUCCGAGACCCGUCACCUGCACGACGACGAGGAAAGAGGACCAUUCCGGGAUUUUCAAUUGUUCCUGGAGCUCCUGCCGUGAAGGUUGUACGUCGGACAUGUACCGUUGCACACAUAUUUACGUCAACUACACGCCCUUCGGCAACGAUACGUUCGACGAGGAAUUCGAAGGUAUUCUCCUCGUGAAUAUCAAAGGAUGCGGGUACCCUCCAGACGUGACGUGUUCGAACUUCACGGAGUCGUACGGUGAGCCCGGUUCCGAAUUCCCCUGUUACUACUCACGACAGAACAGGACAAUCGUAAUGCGCCAUUACGACAGGGAUAGACAGGUCGAAGUCAUCAUCCACUACUUCGCUAUCCCUUUCGUCGUCACAGUCGUCACUUCCGUUGUACUCUGUGUAAUGCAUUGCGAUUGCCGGAGGUCUCAGGCGCCCGCCAUUCGUCGGACAAGAAUACAAGAUCAGAGCGAUUGUUCCAUCAGCACUCGGGUGGAGAGGAUGCAGUCGCAGGCAGACGUCAAUAGGCCGCUCUGACACAGGGAAGAGACUGUUGACAGCCAUCUGAUGGUAACGUCACAGUCUAGCGAUCUCUAGCGUCGCAGAAUGUGUUGCCGGUGAACGAAGAAUCGAUUGCGGAAACGGCCAGCAUAAAUAAAACGAGAUAUUUUCAAUCGAAAUAUUUUUUAUAACAAAAGUAACAAGAAGGAGGCAAGCAAUAUUGCAAUAGCAUCGUUUGUUAAAUUUAAAAUGACUGAACAGUUUUGAAAAGGAUUUGGUCAAUUGUUUUCAAAACGCUUUUGAAAGAAAACGAUACUUCAAAAAACAAAGAAUACAAGGAAUUGAUUGCAUUUCACCGUUUUGAGAAUUCAGGACUCAAAAAAUUAUAUAUAUUGUAUAAAUAGAAUAAAUCGACAUUUUAAUACUUCCACUUUCACCGAAUAAUUUGUUAUUUGACAAAAGAGCGAAUUUUAGUUUAUAAGCUGUUUCGACGUCGAAUUCGAUUUUGUUAUUAACAGUCUUAUAUUGUUAUAUUAGUAUUAUACACCAACAAUACCACUUGUGGAACUUUGUGUUAAUUUGUUGCUUGCCAAUUGAGAAGUUGGACCGGUUUGGCCAGCUUCCAGCACGUAUUUUCUUCUCAGUUUAACGACCGUGCGUAAAGCACACUUCAUUAUCAGCCAUAGCACUCCACAAAGUAAUAAAUGCUUGUAAAGGCUGAUUACUAUCUUUAUAUAGUGACUUUUAAAUAAGACGUUUGGCCGAAUAUAGCACUGAUCGCUAUACACUCAAUAUCAUCAUGUAAAAGCUAUUUUAAACAUAAAACGUUUACCAAUGAAAAAAGAAUAGUUUUAUAAAAUAUUGAAUAAUUUUUCUAUCGAUUGGGAAAUUUUAUACCGAUAAGCAACUAAGGGUUAAUUGCUUAUUUAUUAGCAAUAGCUCGUGAUGUGGAUUCUCUCUUCCUCUAUUUUUGCGAGGACUUGGCGGUACGUCAUAUGUGACGAUAAAAUCUAUUUAUUGUACAUACACUUGUGUAUGGUUGUAUGUAUAUGGUGAUUGUAACAUUUUAAAACAAAAAUGCUCUAAUUUUGUAAUUUCACCUAUUUGUUUUUUAAAAUUUCAUUUCCACUGAACGAUUUGAUGUAAGAGAUUUCCCAAGCCGUCGAGAUUUGCCAUGACGAUUGUAUGCAGGAUUUUCUGUUUCAUAGUCGCAUAAACGUGCACGUUUUUAUUAAUCCUCCCCUCAAUACAUAUCAAAAAAACAAUUUUUUUAAAUUCAAACAAAUAAUUUAAAAGUGAGAGGAAAUUUUCAUUCAUACUCGAAAACACUGGAAAAUUUAUUUUUAAAGCUCAAGAACAAACUUCAUACAGUCGCAAAAAACAAGAAAAUUUGAAACAAAUGGUUUAUCAUAUGCUAAACAAUCGUAAUUAACCUAGGUUGAUUUAAUUAUUAUUUCUGAGAACUAGUACGUCAGAUUAAACUCAAUCAUUAACUAAAGCUACUGGCAAAUAUGUUAUUGGUCACAAAACCUAAAAAACAACAACAAAAAAACAACAAUCAUAAAUAACAAACAUUCAAAAUAUUAUAUCACUGCCCAUUAUUCGUAAAAAUAAUUUGUUUUAUAUCAAUUAAAGUGUCCGUGUUGUAAUGUAUGGCUAGUAAUAUAAGGAUGUUCAAUAUAUAUCGGGAUAUGUUUGUAAGUACAAAACAUUGCUCAAUAAAUUUCAAGUCAGAUGUGCAUUUUCUACUAUUCAAAUACAACACGAACUCACACACAUACAUAAACAUAAACACACACACACACAAGUACAACUAUUUUCAGGCCGAUUUACAUAUAGUGAAAUCCUUAUUUAGAGUGCAUGCAGUGACUUUUACACCAGUGAGACAAUAAAUACGAAAACUUGAAGAAAAAAAGAAGAAAUUACAACGUUAUAUAAAACAGAAUAUGAUAAAAUUUGGUACAAGGCGAUAAAUGAACACUCUAAAACUGUCACACUUUUUAAAUAGUAACUGCUUCGAAACACACAAAUAUUAAUUUCAUAACGGCCUUCGAUUUCAGUUUGUUCUAGAAAAACUGGAAAUGUUUCCCUGUAAUUUACUCAAGUCGAAAGAAGAGUUUUAACCCGGACGGCCUUCCAAGAAAGAACUUCCUGUUAAAUUAUUAAUGCGUGGGUUAGAGAGAUAUGUUGUCGUUUGAACAUUUAAUCCUCCAAAGCUAGCAUUAUGUCAAUUGCGGUUAUGUAAUUUUGCCCUUCUGAAAUGGUUUUGUACUAAGUAGAACAUUUUAUUCAGAAUGGUACCAAUCAAUCAUUACUAGUAAUUAAAAUUAUAUCAGAAGUGUUAUUUCGAGAAAUAUUUAACCAAUUUUCUAUAUUUUAAAAAGAGUUAAUCAUAUACAAAAAAAAAUCAAACUUGUAAAAUAGUAUUCUGAAUAAAGCUUUCAUCCGAAAAUUGAAACAUCAGAGGUCAUAUCCCCGGGUUCCGAUGUUUAUGAAAAAAAAGCCAUUUGUAAGUGCGUUGGGUUUGAAUUCAGGGCCGGUGGGAUUCGAAACCGGGAUCCUUCAGUCGCCUUGUGAACCGCAGCGGCCCCCCUAUAUUUUUAAACUUUAUUUUUUAUCUUGGCAAAACUGUAAUUGAAUCAGAUUUCGAGGAAUUGCGUAGGCGACGAUUGAAAAUUUCAUAUCAAACCUAUUUUAUAUAAACUGAAAAGAGAAAGAAAUGCAAAAAAAAGGGACGUACGCAAAUUUUCGAGAUAAAACGGCAGGGACCAAUGAAA